AUGCUCGUCGCUUGUCUCCCGUUCCUCCCUCGCGCCGACAACAUAAUGCAAGCCAUCCGUCGUCCUCCUUCAAGGGCUUUGAUAAUCUCCCCUCGCCUUGCUGUUCAGGCGCGGUGGGCGUCCAACAACCUCCAUAAUGGCGGCCGUGCGCAUCCUCUAUCUCGCCCGUCGAUCCCAACUCGUCGCGGCCCCACUUCGACAACUUGGUCGAGCUCGACCUUCGCGGCGAGGACUUCCAAGCAACGCGUCACGGCUUUGACGACCGUACUCCUUGCGACGCUGACGGGGACCAUCAGCUAUCUCAUUGGUCUCAAGGCUCAGGGGCCGGCUAAUCGAUCCACCGGUUCGGGGCUGUCAUCCUCGUGCAAGGAACCGACACGGCGAGACUUUGACGCCGCCGUCAAGGAACUGCGGGCGUUGCUACCCGAGGAUUCGCUCGCCUUGGAUAGGGACUCGUUGGUUGCUAGAUCACAUUCGGACUGGGCGUGUGAGCCAUUGGGCCGUCGCAACCUCGUGUUGUGAGCGGGAGUGAAGCUGACUUUAUGAUUUCCCCACACGCUCACAGCCCACGACCCAAGUGGUCUCCCCGGAGCAGUCCUGUACCCGCGCGACACCCAAGAUGUAGUCAACAUCGUCAAGCUCGCCAACAAAUACUCGAUUCCCAUCAUCCCAAUGGCGGCCAACACCUCGUUGGAAGGUCACACAGGCGCCUUGACGUACAAGUCCAAUCCUUCUGACGCCGCCUCGAUCGCUAAACGACGGCGUGGUGAGCGGAUCACUUUGCAAGAUCUCGAACCGGGAUUGGCUUGGGUCGUCGACGUUUCCGAGAAUAUGAAUGAGAUCAUCAAAAUUCAUGAACAUGAUCUGCAGAUUGUGGUACAGCCGGGAAUCAGCUACGACGCGAUCAACGAGACUUUGGCCGAGAAGAAUAUUCCGCUCUUCUUCCCCGUCGAUCCGGCUCCGUAAGUUUCUUUUCAUCAAUCGUGAUUGCUCAAAAUUACUCUCUGACCGGCAUUUCUACCUCUAUACAGGGGAGCUAUGAUUGGCGGUAUGAUUGGUAAGUUUUCUUUUUUCGACUGGCACUGGCUGGCUGCGACGUGCUCUAACUCUUAUUCGGCUGCACAGGUACGGGCGCGUCUGGUACGAACGCCGUGCGACAUGGAACAAUGCGCGAGAACGUGUACAACCUCACUGUGGUGCUCGCCGAUGGUUCAGUCAUCAAGACGCGUUCGCGGGCCAAAAAGUCGAGUGCGGGACCCAACUUGACCCAGCUCUUUAUCGGGUCCGAGGGAACGCUGGGCAUCGUCACUGAGGCAACGUUGAGGUUGGUGCCUAAGCUGCCGCAACGUGUCGGAGUGUCUGGGUUCCCGACGAUCGAGGAUGCGGCGAAUGCGGCGAGGGAUCUGGUGCAACAAGGCUAG